CUCAAAAAUAACAAACAAACAAACAAAAAUCAGAAGAAAGUCCCUAUAACUGGAAAGAUGGUUCAGCGGUUAUGAGUGUUUACUACUCCUCCAGACGACAGGAGUUCUGUUCCAAGCAUCCAUAUGGGGAUGGGGGGUGAGAGAUGGCUCACAACAGCCCAUGACUCCAGUUCCAAGGGAUCUGCUGCCCUCUUCUGACUCUUAUGGGUGCAGGCACUCGAAUUCGUGCACACACAUAAUACAUUAAUUAAAAAAGAAAUACUGUGUCUAUGUUGGAGUUGAUGCCCAGACUGUGAGAGGCUCCAGCCAGACUCCUUUCCCCCUUUCACAUCCUCUUAAUUUUCCUCUUUCUGCCCUGCCUCAGAUGGAAUCUAUGUUCUCAACCCCCCCAACUUGGGCUUUUCCCUGUGACUCCGAGUAACAGCUCAGAGGGAAGUGACAAUGUGACAUUUUCAGAAAGUUUAAAUCAUUAGUCAUUCUGUUUUACUGGCCUCCUGCCUUUGCCAUCUGACACGAGAACACCCUUACUCGGGCAGCCGCUGUUCCCAGGACAGCGAAACAAACCCAGGGAGAGAUCCUGAGUUUGAGCUGCACCCAGCAUCCGGGCUGCCUUUAGCCUGAAGCUGACUGGUACCACCGAUCUCCAGACGCAUGAAUGAGAAAACCCCAUGCUGGCUGCUGUAGGCAGCUGAGUUUGGGAGAAGUUUGUUACGCAACGUUCUUGUGGCCAGAGCUGACUAAUACACAGAACAAAUGACAGGGGCCAGAAGUAAAAGAAAAACGAAAGGAUGUGGAUCCAUUCAAGGUUGCUAGAGAUCAGAUUUGAUGGAGGGGGAGACCCCAUGAAAUCCUGGCUGCAGUCACAAAGAAAUAAACUUAGAAAAACUACAAGACAGGUCCCUAAGACACCCCACUCCAACUCCUAAGGCCUCAGCUGUGAAAGAGGAGCCAGCAUCUUCUUCUCCAUACCCGGGAUUAUACUGCCCUCUGGUGGACACUGAUGGUACAAACGGGCGCAGCAAUGAUUUGCGGUGGGUGACCUUUUUCUGACAUUGAAGAAGAAAGGCUUCUUCUAAGUGUUUUGCCAGUGCAGCUGGACCUCCAACCGUCAACUUAGCUCUUGGGCCUGAACGAACACACGGCCUUCUUACCAAUGCAUGCGACUCCUCGGCCAUCAGAUAAUUCCUGACUCAAGUUUCUUUUCACAGCAUCACUUCCUGCUUUGCCAAGACCCACGAGAGAAGAGGGAGAGUUUAUCUGAUACCAAACACACUGAUGGUCUAGAAUCCAGUGGUUCCUUGGCCAGCAGCAGGAUGGGCUCUGAUAGAAGGAGCAGCCUUUUGUCUUCUGAUAAUGCUUGUCCGAGAGUCGAUGAGCCACCAGGAUCCACUGGAUCGUUGAUUCUUUCUAACAAAGCUUCAGAGAUGGAUCAGAAGUCCUCUUCCUCCUCCUCCUCCUCUUCUUCCUCUGCACAGUCUAAGUGCCCCUCUCAAGUUUCACUGCCUGUAUUCCAGAAGGAAAUACAUCCUGAGGAACUCAGCCUGCUUAAGUCACAGACAAAAGACGGGCAUCGUCCUGAGUGGACAUUUUAUCCAAGGUUUAGCAGCAAUAUCCACACCUACCACACUGGAAAGCAGUGCUUCUUCAGUGGGGUUUUCCGGGGCAACAGGAAGUCUGUGGCGGAGAGCACCGUGGACAAGAGCCUUGGGAGGAAGAAAUAUGACAUUGAUCCCAGAAAUGGAAUCCCGAGGCUAACACCAGGGGAUAAUCCGUACAUGUUCCCAGAACAGAGUAAAGGGUUCUUCAAAGCAGGAGCAACUCUGCCGCCAGUCAACUUCUCGCUGACUCCUUAUGAGAAAAAAUUUGAUACGUUUAUCCCACUGGAGCCACUUCCACCAAUUCCCAACUUGCCUUUCUUGGAGAAGGAGAAGGCCAACAACUUGAGUAAUGAGAUAAAGGAAGUUGAGGAGCUGGACAGCUGGCAGGCAUCAUCACCCUUCCUAUCAAGUUUCUUCUCCUCUGGGACUGGGGAGAUGGCUCCACGGUUAAGGUUGUUGGCUGCUCUUCCAGAAGAAAAAAGUUCAGUUGUCAAAAAGAGGCUCACAACCCCCUGUAAUUCCAGUGUCAGGCUGACUGAAACCUUCUGGCCUCAUCGGAUAUCCUCACACGGGUUUCGUACAUAUUUACGCACACAUACACAUAAAUAAAAAAUAAAUCUUUAAAGAAUGUUUUUGCAAUAUGGUAUUAAUUACUAUGGUAGGGUGCAUGCAAUUCAUUUUGUAGUCAAGACACUAGGACACCAGUUUGCCCAGUGAGGGCUAAUUAGUAAAUAAGAGGAGGUGUCUAGGGAUGCCAGUCUGGGGGGUUGGGAGCAGAGCUAGAAAGCUUGUGUUAAAUUGAGUACAUUUAUUUGGGGAGGGAGGUUGUGAGGACUAUGGAUGGUGACUAAUACUAUUCCCAGCUAUGUCUAAAUGUUGCUGUUGACUUUCAUUUUUGCCUUUUCUGUGUAGUCUUUUGAUGUUAAAAGAUAGCUGAGGACUGGCAACAUGGUUCAAUGGUAAAAGCACUUACCAAGCAAGCCCAGUGACAGGAGUUUGAUCUCUGGAAGCCACAGUGGAAGGGAAGACCCAACCCUGGAGGUACUCUUCUGACCUCCACAUGUAU